CCCUUCUACACCAAACAUCCAGGCAUGUUCUUUUCAUAGUCGCCUGUCACGUCUGCAGCCUGGAGAACUGCGGAACGAAGGAAGAAAUCAUGCAAGUCUCCCAGCACUUGCGACGUGUCGCCUCCCAGGCCGUCCGAUCCGUGUCGUUCCAGAAGGAUCCGCCUCCGAAUCAACGGCGGACUCUGACAGCCGGUCGCGCCGUGAGCCGGUCGCCCGCUAUAAAGCUCUCCCCUCCUCCCAAAUCCAGCCUCUUUUCUCUCCGCUCCUGGCUCCGCCUCCACGCCUCACAGAGGAUAGCGAGAGAGGGAACGGCGGCGCGGAGCUAGGGUUUUGAUCUCGCCUCGCCGGGCUGCGCCGCUGCCGCCAUGGACAGGGAGCUGCUGGAGACGUUCGAGGCGGCCAAGAAGGCGGCUGACGCGGCGGCCGGGGAGCACGACUCGCCGGAGGCUGAACGCUGCCUCGACGCCCUGCGCCGGCUGCGCGACAUCCGCGUCAACACCGACGUGCUCGUCUCCACGCAGGUUGGCAAACGUCUUCGACACCUUACUAAGCACCCUCACUCUGGCAUUCAGGCAGUUGCUACAGACCUUUUUGGGUACUGGAAAAAGGUUGUUCUUGAAGAGACAGGAAAGAAAAAUGGCAGCUCAGAGAAUGAAAGAUCAAGUGAUUCUUCAGGGAAGAUUGAGAAGGCGAGGCCUGUGAAGAUUGAAAGAAAUUCUUCAUCAUCAAGCAUGAAGAUUGAAAGAUCAAGUGAUUCUUCAGGGAAGUUUGAGAAGGAGAGGCCUGUGAAGGUUGAAAGAAAUUCUUCAUCAUCAAGCAUGAAGGUUGAGAAAAGAGAUGUGGAUGUUAGAGGUCAGAGGCCUGACAGUGUCAAAGUUGAGAAGACCGCUAGUAAUGGUUCCAAAGCUCAACCUGCGAAGGUUGAGAGAGUUUCCAAAGAAGUCAGUAGAACUCCUGAUACAAAGAAGACAGCAUCUGUCCCCACUGGACCUCCAAAGCUUACAUCCCUUGUCAAAUGCAAUGAUGCUACCCGAGAUAAAAUCCGGGAAUUACUUGCUGAAGCUUUCUCAAAGGUUCCUGGAGAGACUAGCAAUGAUGACCGGGAUGAAGUGAGGAACAUCUUGGAUCAAGUAAAUGCAUGCGACCCAUUUAGAGUUGCUGUGACAGUGGAGUCCGCAUUAUUCGAGAAGCUUGGACGUUCUACUGGGGCCCAGAAGGCAAAAUAUAGGUCAAUAAUGUUUAAUCUGAGAGCAGAUAACAACACUGAUUUCCGGAGAAGAGUUCUCAUUGGUCAAGUGAGGCCUGAGAGGCUUCCAGACAUAUCCGCCCAAGAGAUGGCUAGUGAUGCAAGGAAGCAAGAGAAUGAGCAGAUCAAGGAGAAGGCUCUGCUAGAAUGUGAGCGCGGAGGAGCGCCUAAGGCAACAACUGAUCAGUUCAAGUGUGGCAGGUGUGGCCAACGGAAGACAACUUACUAUCAGCUCCAGACUCGGAGUGCCGAUGAACCGAUGACAACAUUUGUGACAUGCGUGAACUGCAAUAAUCACUGGAAGUUCUGUUGAGUGCCAUCCUGCUAAAAUGCUCGCUUAGUAGCGCUGAGCACCAGCCUACUAAAAUAUGUGCUCUGUUAGCUAGGGCUGUCAUUCGAAUUUAACUGGGCAGGUUGGAAUCAGUUUUUCGUACACUAGGAGCCUUUUUCUUCUUCCCUUGUUUUUCUUUUUCACUUUGCAAACCUGAUUUAUUCAGAUUGUACUAGUUGACCGCAUAAAUGUUGUUGUCUUAAUUAUCAUCAUUUGCAGUACCCAUCAGUUUUGGAUGGCUAUGUGGUUCAUUGUAAAUGAGAUAGCGCUGUUGUUUUA